CCCCCCCCCCCCGCGGCGACGUCAUCCGGGCUCUGCAACCGCCGGGGCGGCGCGCGCCGCUGCUGCAGUUGCUGCAGGAGGAGGAGGCGGCGGCGCGAGCGCGGGCUGGAGAUGGCGUCCGCUACCGACUCCCGCUAUGGACAGAAGGAAUCCUCGGACCAGAACUUCGAUUACAUGUUCAAGAUCCUGAUCAUCGGCAACAGCAGCGUGGGGAAAACCUCCUUCCUCUUCCGGUACGCCGACGACUCCUUCACGCCCGCCUUCGUCAGCACCGUUGGCAUCGACUUCAAGGUCAAGACCAUCUACCGGAACGACAAGCGCAUCAAGCUGCAGAUCUGGGACACGGCCGGCCAGGAGCGGUACCGCACCAUCACCACCGCCUACUACCGCGGUGCCAUGGGCUUCAUCCUGAUGUACGACAUCACCAACGAGGAGUCCUUCAACGCCGUGCAGGACUGGUCCACCCAGAUCAAGACCUACUCCUGGGAUAACGCCCAGGUCCUGCUGGUGGGGAACAAGUGUGACAUGGAGGACGAACGCGUCGUCUCCUCGGAGAAGGGCCGCCAGCUUGCCGAGCACCUGGGUUUUGAAUUUUUUGAGGCCAGCGCCAAGGACAACAUCAACGUCAAGCAGACCUUCGAGCGGCUGGUGGACAUCAUCUGCGAGAAGAUGUCGGAAUCGCUGGACACGGCCGACCCGGCGGUCACCGGCGCCAAGCAGGGCCCCCAGCUCACGGACCAGCAGGCCCCCCCGCACCAGGACUGUGCCUGCUAGGGCCAGCCUCCCCACCCCCGACCCCCCCUACCCCCCCCAAAAAAUCGGUCAGUGCACCCCUCCCUGCCACCCCCCCCCGCCCCAAGCCCCUCUUCUUGGGGGUCCCGCGGGGGCUUUUGCUGCUGAUACCUCCGAAAGGGCUGCGGCCCCUCUAGGAGCCUUCCCCCCCCCCCCCAAUUCAGUUAGGCUGUGCCCCCCCUGCCCCUUAAUUUAUUUUUAAGCCUGGGCUGGUAGAAAACUCCCCCCGUUCUGCUUUUAAUCGCUCCACGAGCUCCGCUCUCCGAGAAAUAUAAUUUUCUCUGUCUCCUCACCGCCGCCGGCUCCCAUCACCACCGGUCCCAUUCCCUCCCCGGGGAGCAGGGACGGACCCCCUGCCCAGGGUUGGGGGGGGGGGCUGCGAUGGGACCCCCAAAACCUUGUCCUAGGUGGGAGUCCCUGUGUGUCCCCCUCCCCAGCCUGGCAGUGAUCCCACCUGCCCAAAGAGCUCCUGGGGGCUCUUUGCACCUGGCUCCCCUCCCCUGAUGAAUGGAUAUUUCCUAACUCUUGUUUAUUUGUAUAAAUAGAUGCUAAUUUAUGCUCCCGCCGUCUUCCUCCUUGUACAUAAGAAAAACUCCUUGUAAAUAGGCAUAGGAAGUGAUGCUGUGCGCGUGACCUGCUGUGCUGUGGCCGUGUUGGUGCAUUUUUUUUUUUUUUCUCUGUGUGGUAACCUUGCUUGUGAAUAUCACUUUUGAAAAAUCUAUUAUUUAAAGGUUUAAAAAAACAAAAAAUACAUGAGCGAGGCUAGCCGAGCAAGCUGUAGCAAAUUAGCCCCAGUUCAGGGACGGGGGACCUUUGCAGAGCCCCCGGUUUUGGCUCGUGGGGGGCGAGCAGGGCUCGGAGGAGCGUCACUAAUUUGCUACAGGGCGUUUGGCUCCUCGUGUGUUCCUGUAGUACCGUGCUUCUGUGGAGACUGUGAAUAAGUGGAUAUUCCUGUAGCGAUGAUGGACCCAGAGGUCUUGCUGCCCUCUUUUAUUUAUUUUUCUUGGAGCGCUGUGAUUUUCCCCCCUUCCCAGACCCCCAGUACCAUCUUCCUCCCUUCCCCUUUCCUAUUUUUUGUGAAGUUUACUUAUGGAAGAGUUACACUGUACUGUACAAAUGUCAAAAGUGUCAAAAGAGUACAAUUUCCUAAAAAUCACUGUAUUAAAGAAAUGUUGUGAAGAAAUAAA